GCCCGUUGUUCGGUUUGGGCAUCCUCUGAUCCUAACCCUGACAUGUAUAUUUCCUUCAACUCCAGAUAUCCCCGCGAAAAUGGAUUUUCCUUCUCUCGCCUUCACCACCAAACACUACCACUACUCCUCUUCAGCCACCUUCACUUUAUCUCUCCUCGCUGGAGAAUCUCACACCCGCUUUUCUCUCUCUUCCCACAACUCCUCCGACCCACCUUCCAAUUCCUCUUCUCAAAUUCCCGGCAAUCUCCGCCGCCCUAAAACCUUCAAAACCACCACCUCUAUACCCCCUUCCCCACCUCCUCCUAAAGCCCCUUUAAACCCUCUCAAAUCCCUCCGUUUUCCUCCAAAUGACCCCUCCUCAUCUCAUCAUAAUCUCACUAACAAGCUCCGCCUUACCAGCAAAAUCUCUCCUCCGCCGCCACCACCACCGCCUCUGCCACCUUCUCCUCCCCCGAACGACGUCGUUUUGGGGAAUGUAACUGAUGAUGAUGAUAAUAAAGAGGAAGAAGGAGGAGAAAAGAAGGUUACUGGGAAGGUGGAAUUUCGGCAAGAGGGUAAGAUUUUUGUGGGGAAUUUACCAUUGUGGAUUAAGAAACCCGAGGUCAGCGAGUUUUUUCGACAGUUCGGGCCGAUUAAGAGUGUGAUUUUGAUUAGAGGGCAUGAAGAUUUGGAGAGGAAUAUGGGGUUUGGGUUUGUGAUAUUUGGUGGACCAAUGGCGGAAAAAUCAGCGUUCAAAGCUGUGGAGUUUGAUGGGAUGGAAUUCCAUGGAAGGGUUUUGACUGUGAAAUUGGAUGAUGGCAGGAGGUUGAAGACGAUUUCUCAGGAGAGAGAGAGGUGGGUUGAGAGUGGGGAAGCUAGGGAGUACCGGUCGAAAUGGCACGAGGAGAGGGAUGGUUCCAGGAAUGCGUUUCGGAAAGUUGUGGAGUCGCAGCCGGAGAAUUGGCAAGCGGUUGUUAGUGCAUUCGAGAGGAUUAAGAAGCCAUCUAGGAAAGAGUUUGGGCAGAUGGUAAAAUUUUAUGCUAGACGUGGGGACAUGCAUCGCGCACGUGAAACUUUUGAAAGCAUGCGAGCAAGAGGGAUUGAGCCAAGUUCACAUGUAUUUACAAGCCUUAUUCAUGCUUAUGCAGUUGGCAGAGACAUGGAAGAAGCACUGUCAUGUGUGAGGAAGAUGAAGCAAGAAGGGAUUGAAAUGACUUUGGUAACUUACAGCAUUCUUGUUGGAGGCUUUGCCAGAGUUGGCAAUGUCAAGGCUGCAGAUCAAUGGUUCAAAGAGGCAAAAGAGAAGCACACAACACUUAAUGCAAUAGUCUAUGGAAAUAUAAUAUAUGCCUAUUGUCAAACUUGUAAUAUGGACCGUGCAGAAGCACUUGUCAGGGAGAUGGAAGAACAAGGUAUUGAUGCUCCAAUUGAUAUAUACCACACAAUGAUGGAUGGUUACACCAUGAUUGGUGAUGAAGCAAAAUGUCUGAUUGUCUUUGAGAGACUGAAGGAAUGUGGCUUUGUACCCUCGGUCUUCACCUAUGGGUGUCUAUUAAACAUGUACACAAAGUCUGGAAAAGUUUCCAAGGCCCUUGAAGUUAGCGAAAUGAUGAAAUCUGCUGGGAUCAAACAUAAUAUGAAGACCUAUUCCAUGUUGAUCAACGGAUUCCUGAGGUUAAAAGAUUGGGCCAAUGCAUUUGCUGUUUUUGAGGAUGUUACAAGAGAUGGUCUGAAACCUGAUGUAGUACUCUACAAUAAUAUAAUUCAAGCUUUUUCUGGAAUGGGUAACAUGGAACGUGCCAUUCGCAUGGUUGAGCAAAUGAAGAAAGAACGGCAUAAGCCCACAACGAGGACAUUCAUGCCCAUCAUUCAUGGCUUUGCGAGAGCUGGAGAAAUGAGAAGAGCCCUUGAAGUUUUUAAUAUGAUGCGAAGGAAUGGAUGUAUCCCAACUGUCCACACAUUCAAUGCAUUAAUUCUGGGCCUUGUUGAGAAGCGUCAGAUGGACAAAGCCGUUGAAAUAUUAGAUGAAAUGGCAUUAGCGGGGGUGAACCCGAAUGAGCACACUUACACGACAAUUAUGCAAGGUUAUGCAGUUCAAGGUGACACUGGAAAAGCUUUUGAAUAUUUUACGAAAGUGAAAGAGGAGGGACUUCAGCUUGAUGUAUAUGUAUAUGAAGCAUUGCUCAAGGCAUGUUGCAAAGCUGGGCGGAUGCAAAGUGCUCUGGCAGUCACAAGGGAGAUGAGUUCUCGGAAUAUCCCAAGGAAUACAUUUGUAUUUAACAUAUUAGUUGACGGAUGGGCUCGAAGAGGAGAUGUUUGGGAGGCUGCUGACCUGUUGCAACAAAUGAGAGAAGAUUGUGUGCAACCUGAUAUUCAUACGUACACAUCCUUCAUAAAUGCGUGCUGCAAGGCUGGAGAUAUGACAAGAGCGGCAAGAACGAUUCAAGAAAUGAAAGCAGUUGGAGUGAAACCUAAUGUUAAGACUUACACAACAUUAAUACAUGGUUGGGCUCGUGCAUCUCUCCCAGAGAAGGCACUGAAAUGUUUUGAUCAGAUGAAAUCAGCUGGCUUGAAGCCGGAUAAAGCUGUGUAUCAUUGCCUAAUGACGUCAUUAUUGUCAAGAGCAACUGUAGCAGAAGACUAUAUAUGUUCUGGAAUACUGAAUAUUUCUAGAGAAAUGAUAGAAUCUAGCAUAACUGUUGAUAUGGGUACAGCAGUUCACUGGUCUAGGUGCUUGCGUAAGAUUGAGAGAACAGGCGGUGAACUUACAGAAGCUUUACAGAAGACAUUCCCACCUGAUUGGAACGCAUUUAGUAAUAUUCCUGUUGCAUCUCAACCAGAUGUUAAUGAAUCAGAAUCAGAUGUUGAUGGUGUUGAUACUUGCUAUGAGGGUUUCACGGAUAGUGACGAUGAUGAUGAAGUUGAUCAAUGAACAUUGUUAUAGUUAGUUGCCUAAAGCAUUAUGUAGAUGACUCAAGCUUGGAUUUCUGCCGCUUCAUUUACUCACUGAUCGACUAGCUGACAUAUUCCCCCAUUCAUGGCUCUUCACUUCAUAUGUAAUUAUUGAUACUUUUUUUUUCGUGGGGCGGGGGAGUGGGUGUCUUGGACUGUAUGCUCUGUAUCUGUUGAGCGCAGAAUCAAGCAAUCAGCAAUUUUUUUGGUUGUAAGUGAGUUUGCUUGGAAGCCAAUCAAGGCUUUCCUGUUAAGUAGUGUUAUUCUAUAGAGGAUUCAUUGGGAAAAACUACCCUUUUCUAAUUGAAGCUUGUAAAUAUGUAAUUGUAUACUACUAUGUUAAGUUAAGUAUGCGAUGCUUCAUCUGUUUCUCAA